AUGGGAAGGAAUAUCAGCAUGGUGACCAAUUUCAUCCUCUUGGGAUUUUCAGAGCAUCUGGAGCUGCAGAUUUUCCUCUUUGUGUUGUUCCUGGGGAUCUAUUUCAUGACACUGGCUUGGAACCUGGGUCUUAUUGUCCUUAUCUGGAUGGAGUCGCAACUCCACUCCCCCAUGUAUUUCUUCCUUGGUAACUUGUCCUUUGUCGAUAUCUCAUACACCUCCUCUGUCGCUCCUAAGAUGCUCUGUGACUUCUUCAAAGACCAGAAGACCAUCUCCUUUGUGGGUUGUGCUGUUCAGUUUUUCUUCUUCAUUGGGAUGGGAGGCACUGAGUGCUGUCUCCUGGCAGCCAUGGCAUACGACCGGUAUGCUGCCAUCUCCAACCCUCUGCUCUACACUGCCAUCAUGUCACCCACCUUCUGUGUGGGGAUGGCCAUAACAGCGUACACUGGUGGAUUUCUCACGGGAUUGGUCCAAGCCACUUCCAUAUUCCAGCUCCAUUUCUGUGGGCCACGAGUCAUUAACCACUUUUUCUGUGACCUGCCACCCCUGCUGGUCUUGUCUUGUUCUAGUACCUUCCUCAGCCAGGUAGUAAACUUUCUUGUUGUGUGUGCAGUUGGUGGGACAUCAGCUCUUGUUGUUCUGGUUUCUUAUGGCUACAUCAUUACUGCUAUUAUGAAGAUCCAUUCAACCCAAGGGCGGAGGAAGGCUUUCAACACCUGUGCCUCUCAUCUGACCACAGUGAUUCUCUUUUAUGGCUCUGGUCUCUUCUCAUACCUUCAUUCUAGUGCUGGAUACUCACAGGACCAAGAUAAGGUGGUGUUCAUGCUCUACGGAGCCAUGAUUCCCAUGCUGAACCCUAUCAUAUAUAGUUUGCGAAACAAGGAAAUCAAAGAUGCAUUGAAAAAACUCAAGGAGAGGAAGAAGCAGAUGUCUUUUAUGUGUUUUUUAGUCCCUUGA